AUCAGCGGUACCUAAGUUCAGUGUAUACAAAUCUAUAAGAGUAAACACACUUCAGAAUUGAAUUUUUGUUGCCUUUUGUGAGAACAUUGAACGACUCGUUAAAAAGAUACUUCCGACCACGGGGGUUAAUCGUUAGGGUGUCUUCAUUGGCUGGGAUUAGUUGUCAAUGGCAACAACAUGACAUUUAUGGGAGAUUCCACGGAUUCCAGCAUGAAAAGAAAAAUACAAAUCAAUGAUGAACAUAUGAGUAAUCAACCAAAUAAAGUAUGUGAACAGAAUGGCAGCGAAUUACGUGGACGUUUAGAGACAAAUGAUGUCAACAAUAAGACACUAGAGAGCCACAAAACCAACAAAACGAUUUUAGAGGGUAGUUCUGCCAACAAAUUGACACAAAAAGUGAAUUUUACAACCAACAAAACGACAUUAGAGGGUCGAAUAAACAACAAAACGACACUAGAGGGUUGUACAACCAACAAAACAGCUUUAGCGGGCAGUUCUGCCAACAAAGCAACGCUAGAGACUUGUACAACCAACAAAACUACACUAGAGAGUCGUACAAACAACAAAGGGACAGUAGUGUGUCAUACAUCCAACAAAACGACAUUAGAGGGUCAUACUACCUCAGAGAUCCCAAUGGAGACCCAUAUAAGGGACGUUUUACAAGAGAAUAGGACAUUGUUAGUGUCAAAUAUCAUUCCAACGGAUGAUCUAUUAGAGCUGUUGGAAUCAAACAAGGCCCUGAGUGCAACUAUGUUACAGGAUAUAAAGGCACUUCCGUCAAGGGAGGAAAAGAACACUAAGAUGAUAGAAAUGAUCCCUCUUCGUGGAAAGAAAGGAUUUGAAAAGUUUUGUGACGUUCUCCAACUCACGGGACAUCAUUUCUUAGCAGACUAUCUACGCGAAGAAGGAGAAAGACAUGGGAAGGAACCUGAGUACUUUGAUGACCUAUUUAUAUCUCACCCAAGUCUAGAGAAACUUUUAAAGGCCCAGGAACAGGAUCGACUGAAACAUUAUCUAAAAAAUAAGGUGAAACAGAUAACCCUAGCGUAUGCAUGGAGAAGUACGGGCCACGAGAAGGAGAAAGCAAUGGGUGCAAAAAUGCAACAGCUAGAACAAGCAUGGGAGCACGAGACGGUGUGCAAAACAAAAGACGUUACCAUAGAGACGCUAAGAGAAACCCUUGACAAUACAAACAAACAACUAAUCGAAAAAACCUCUGAGGUUAAAACGCUAUCAAGGCUUCUCGAAGACACUAAAGCUAAAUAUGAAAAAGAUAUGCGGGUUCAGAUGAGGUUCAACGAGGCAAAUAAUAAAACUUUAUUCGCUAAAAACGAGCGGCAGGAAUGGACGGAUGAGUUAUUAAACAAACUUAAACGGAAGAUGUUGGAAAAACUUAAAUUCAAUAUGGAAGAUGAAAGCCCAGAUUAUAUUAAUUAUAACGAGAAGGCGUCGACGGUGGAAGAUUUUCUCAACAGAAUUCUUGCCAGAUUAACUCACUUAGAAAAAAUAAGGGAGAAGUAUCAAAAACUUGAAGAUGAACGUAAAUUUGUGCUCAUGUAUAUAGGAACGGAGAUUACCGAUGGUGGUUCGUUGGCCGACGCCUUUAGAGAUUACGUCAUCAAAAUGGACGACGCUUGUUUGAGUCUCAAACAAGAAAUCGAACGAUUGAAGCAAUCAAGAAGCAAGACAGUGACUGUAAAUUCACAAAACAAAGCGAACCUCGGAGAUUCAUUGAACUUUGAUGCCUCGAUGAAAACUGAAAAGAUAGCCAUGCAAUUUUUCACAGGAACUCUUCAAAAGCAAUUAAAAAAGUUAAAAGAAGAUAACGCGAUCCUCGAGAAACGACUACGCGAAUCAGAACUAGAAAUUGAAUAUUUGAAACACAAGACACCAGUCGACAAUGGGCCCCAAAAUACACAACCUGCCACCAAAGAGAGAUCAGAAAGUGCGCCAAAAUCCCGCCAAGAAUCUCCCGCCAAAAGUCCAACUGAGAGAACUGUUAACUUGCCUCUCCUUAAUACGAACAUGACAAAACCAAUCACAGCACCUCUUACCAGAAGUGACUCAUUCGUCGUUGUAGAUACGUCAAACAUGAAAACAUUGGAUUUAAAAUCCAAAACGGCUGAUGGAACAAUCGCGUUCCAUCAGCGUGACGCGUAUAACAACUCUCCGCGAAUGCGCAUGCCCAACAUGCAAGGGAGGUACAAGCAACCCAUAAUUCAUCAAGACAAUGGGCUGGGACUUAACCCACAUCUGCCUAUACGUACUAAAAAAGGCCCGUCCUCUAAGAUCACACGUGAGACUAAGUUACAAACGAUACAGCCAAAGACAAUGGCAAUUAACACAAGUCAUAUUUUCGGUAACACUAUAAGGAAAUCAUAA